GAAGUAACAGUGCCAAAUCUAAAAAUAAUGGUAACUUUUUAAAUAACUACCAAAAUCAAUUUGUAAGCUGUGGGAAGUUGUGAGUAAAAAUUGUGAUAAAUUGAUUAUUGGUUUGUGGAUGGUUAGGACGACGUUAUUUUCGAAAUGAAUACGAAGAAUGAUGGCUCGAAUCAGGAUUGUAAAUUUACCCCACCAACUAAACCUAAAAAAGUGAGAAAUCCGUUUGAUAAAGCCCUAAUAGAGAGGUUACACAAACCGAUUUGUAGUCCUGGUAUGUGUAAGAUUUACAAAAAGAAAAAUACUGGGUGCUUUAAAUGGGACAUAGACCAAGCAUCUACUUUAGUACCUGCUGAUAUAGUUGCAUGUAGUAGUCAAUUUGAACCAUCACCCGAUCCUAUGUUAGAAAAGAUUGCUGAAGAAGCAUCAGACAGAUUUUUUUCACAAGAAUUGGUGGUCCCUAGUCCACUAGAGACAUCAAAAAAAGUCAAGCCACUAUUGAAAAAAACACCUAACACAAGUGUUCUAGGAAAUAGUUUAACUGCAUAUGUGACUAAAAAAGAUGUUUCAGUACAAACAGUUCUGAGUUUUCCGAAAAAUCUACCUCAUGAAGUCGAAGAAAUUUUGCAAAAUUUUUGUACAUUUACACAGGACCAGAAUGUAUCUGGUGAUUAUGUUAUUACUGCAAAUGAUUCAUUUCGAAGACAGUUGUUCUUUGAAGAGCAUAGUGAUACAGAACAUUAUGAUUCAGAGGUGACUGACGAUGAAGUACAUCAAGAGACUCGUCCACCAUCCAGCUUUGAAACUCAUUCACCAAUUGUUAUCAGUCCUGAUUUGAGCCACGAUUUAGUGACAAAAGGCUUAAAACGGACAUUUGGGACACCAUUAAGCAAAAGUAAUGUAAGGACCAAUAAGGCUUGUUUUCGCAACAAGGCGUUAGAUGUUGUUGACUUUGGAGAGCCAUGCUUCAGUCCGAUAGAAUUCAGAACACCAAAACGAAUGGAUCAGGGAUCAGCUACGUCAUCUUCUCUUGCUUCAGCCUCCAUUUCACCAGUAACUAAACCAUCUAGUGAUGAAGAGAAAAAUGCAUUCACGUCGCCUGAAUCUGACACAAUGGCAACUUGCCUGGACUGCAUUAUACCAGAACCAGAAAGACAAAAGCAGUAUCCGUGUUUCUGUAAAAUAUCAACAAAUAAAUUGAGUUUGAAACGAAGUGCUUCCUUAAAAGACUCACCAACUAAAGCGAGAAGGGGCUCCAAUUUAUCAAUGGAGAAACGCAGUCUCAGUAUGUCGAGUUUGAAUCGUAGUCGUUCUGUGCAGAAGCUUGAUUUUAGUAUGGACAUGAGUAUUGAUGGAUCAAUUCAUAAUUGUUCACAAGAAUCGGAGAGUGGACAAACUCAAUGUGCCCAAGAAGCUUGGUCAAUAGUUGAAGAUUCGAGUAUUAAAAAUCUAGUUAAAUUAGAACUAUUCAAGGAACAAUCAUGUGAUAUACAAUCUUCCACUAAACUAGAUAGUGCUAAAUUACAUAUACUAGAAGAAACACCUAUAAAAGGCAAAAGUAAACAUAGUGUUCUAUCGCAUGAAAUUAGUAAAAUUCGUAGCUGUGUUACAACAAGCCCUUCACACAUGUCUUUAGAUAAUAGCUUAGAUUGUUCAGACAAUUCACUUAGUCUAGAAGAUAAAAAAAUUGACUUUAACAAUGUCGAUCUUAAGUUUUUGACUGAUUUACCUCAGUUUACUUAUAAUACUCAAAAUACUAAUGUUGGUGAAAGUUCUUGUAGUUUUAAAAGAAUUGAUAGUGGUUUUAAUGAAAAUACAUUCUAUGCGAAUGCUUCUAGUUAUUAUGAAAGUGCCAUAAAACCAUCGGAAUUAACUGUCACUGAAACAUCAAAGAAUAUAAAUAAUUCCGCUUUGAAAGAAAUAUCCAAUGUAACAUGGAUGAGAGUUGACAGCGGUUUCAAAGAUGAAACAUCAACAGAUAGUACACAAUUUUAUAAUUCCACUGAUAAUUCUAAUUUAAAAUUUACCGGAUUCCGUUUCACCGAAGCUAAGUUAGAUGAUAAAGAGAAUGUUGACAAUUUUGUACAUGUUAUUAACAAAAAUGCUCUGUCUAUGUCAGAUAUUUUUACAGAAGAUAUGAAAUUAAAUUGCAACUCCUCAUCAACUCCAUCGAAGAAUAAAUCAAGGAGAGUUAAUUCCUAGAUAGUUUGAUUUUUUUAUUUGUUUAAUUUUUAAGUAAUUAAUGUAGUUAAAGCAAUUAAUACUCAUGUUAAGGUCUUUACAGAUAAAAUUUCGACAUUUAAAAAUUAUAAUUACGUCACAAUAAAAUUCUCUUAAAUUGACGAAAUUGACGUAAGUCAUUCAUGUAAGUCAUUACUCAUUUUUUUUUAUUUCGUUUUUUUUUUGGUAACAAUAUUUAAUUUAUUUUUCCAUUGUCAUUGUAACAAGUUAAUUUUUUUUUUUGAUAAAGUACACUGAAAACUACCAUAGACUUAUAAAGAAAUAGAAGUAACCGGAUCUAUUUAUAUAAAGACAUCAUAGUAAAGACCUAAUUUAGUAUUUAAUUUUUUGUCUAUGACGCAUGAAUUUUUUUUAAUUCUUUUUAUUAUUUUAAAGACUCUUCCCUGUCUUAUAUACUUAGGCAAAUGACCAUUUUAUAGGCAUUAAUAAUUUUUAGAUAAAUAUUUUUGACUGGUUCAUUAUUGUGAACUAUUUUAAAAACUCCUGUUUAUAAGCUACGUCUAUUAUAAACUAUGCAUUUUUUAUCUUUGAGGCGAAUAAAAUUUUUAUAAAGAUUAAGACUGAAUUAUGUUAAACUGCAUUUAAUAGAAUAAAACUUCGAGAAUUUGACUUCUUAUAUGAUUUUGAAAUUUUAAUUAAAAAUAAAUUAAGUAUUCUUAAAAUGUGUCGAUUUUGUA